AUGCAGUUAGAAACAACAAAUAAAUACAACCCAAAUCUAACAAUAUUGAUACCGGAAUCUUCACAGGGUCCUUACUUCGAAAGAAUGUUAUUGGACUUGAAGUCAGGGUUACAUAAUAUAUUUAAAGGUAAUCAUCUUGUGUUACCUGAGGUCCGAAAAUUACAUAUUGAAUACAUGGAAACACAUUUAAAAAAUGGCGAUUUGAAAAAAGGGUCUGAUGGAACUACAGUUCUUCAUGUUGUGUCUGAAGAAGGGUAUGAGGAUUAUGUUAAAUUUUUCCUGAGGAAAAAAACCCUACAUUUUCCUAUCACUAAAACAUUUGUCAAUGAACAAGAUGAUUUAGGUCAAACAGCUUUGCAUAAAGCAUGCAGUAAAGAACAUUUAACUGUUGCAAAGUUGUUAUUGGACAAUAGCACAAACAUUAACACGCAUGACAAUGAUGACAAAACAGCUCUCGAUAUUGCAUGUUCUGCAAACUCAAUUGAUAUUGUAGAUCUUCUCUUGUCACGACGUGCAACUAUUAGUCAGAAAAAAACCGAUUUAAAAUCUGCACUACAUGUUGCUUGCGAAAACAAUUAUUUACAAAUAGUUGACCUUAUUUUAAGAAGUAACGCAGAUCUAGAUGAAAGGGAUACGAAUGGCAAUACACCUCUUCAUUUAGCGUGUAAGCAAGGACAUGUAGAAAUUCUUGAUUUGUUGUUAAAAUACAAACCAACUGUAGAUAUACCUGAUUGUAAAGGUAGAACUCCAUUGUAUUUGGCUGUAAAUGAAAAGAAUAUCAAGAUUGUCAAAAGCCUUUUGGAGAAAAAUGCAAACACUAACAAGCACACAGAUGAGGUUAGAUUUCCGCUUCACUGUGCUUGUCAACACGGAUCCUUGGAAAUUGCCAGCUUGUUAAUUAAACACAAUGCAUUAGUUAAUAUCGUGGAUCUCAACUACCGUACCCCGUUGCAUACAGCAUGCACUAAUGGUUAUUUUAAUGUAGCAAAGCUUUUGUUGGAAAAGGAAGCAAAAGCAAAUAAACCAAAUAUAAAUGGAAACACGCCAAUUUUAGCAGCAUGCAAAUACAACCACCUAAAGAUUGUUAAGUUGUUAUUGGAUAAUGAAGCAGAUGUCAACUAUAAAAAUAAAGCUAUGAUGACACCAUUGCAUGUAGCAUGUGCGAACAACAAUAUUGAUAUUGUUUUGCUACUUAUUAGAUACAGGGCGUUGAUAAAUGAACAUAAUAAAAAUCGUCACACUCCUUUGCUUUUAGCUUGUCUUGAAGGUUAUCAUACUGUUGCAACUGAACUUACGAGACACGGGGCUUCCGUAAACAUGGCAAAUCAGAAUGGUGAAACGCCACUUUAUAUAAUCUGCCAACAAGGACACGAAGAAACCGUUAAAAUGUUGUUAAACGCGGGUGCUAAUGUAAAUCAGGAUACAAACGAUGGGAUGACACCACUUCACAUGGCCUGUAAAGGCGACAGAGAACAAAUUCUUAAAUUGUUGUUGAAUGCAGGUGUUGAUUUGAAUAUGUCUUAUAGGGAUGGAUCGACACCACUGGGAAUGAUUCAAAAGAGCGGACAAAAGAAUUUUUUUUCGUUGGUGUUAAAAGCAAAUGAAAGUAUGACUCAAAGUGAUUCUAAUGAGAUGUCACCGAUUUGCAUGGCUUGUAAAGAUGGAAAUGAAGCAGCCGUACAAGAAUUGUUAAAUGCGUGUGUUAACAUAAAUGAAGGUGAUAAAGAUGGGAUAACUCCACUACACGUGGCUUGUAAAGGCGGAAGAGAACAAAUUGUUAGUUUGUUAAUAAAUUCUGGUGUAAGUGUUAAUACUGGAGAUAGGAAUGGAAUCACACCACUUCACUUGGCUUGUGAAGACGGCAAUAAAGCAAUCGUUAAGUUGCUGUUAUAUUCAUUUGCAAAUGUCAAUAUAUGUGAUAAUGAAGGGACAACAGCACUUCACAUAGCCUGUAAAAGUGGAGACCAGGUUAUUGUUACAUUUUUGUUAGCUGCAGGUGCCUAUGUGAAUACGCGUAAUAAGAAUGGGGUUACGCCACUUGUUAUUGCUUUUAAUAGUGGAAGUGAAGACUCUUUAAACACAGUUUCAAGUUUGAGCGCUCAAGGAGUUGCAGAUGAGUUUGUAUUUGUUCAAAGUACAUGUAAAGGUGGGAAAGGAGACAUCGUUCGUUUGUUGUUGAAAGCAGAUGCGAACGUGAACCCGGCAGAAAAAGAUGGUAUGAUGCAGAUAGAGAAAAGGUCUAUUUUAGACAAAUAUUCAGAUAAAUCAUAA